AUGGAGAAGCAACGUUUUACCGAGUUGCUCGACGCGUCCUUGUUAGACUUCCGGCGGCAUAUGCUGGAUGGCUUUGGCGCAGAAGACUCUGCCAGCUCCUCUGCUCUGGGAAUGGACAGUCCAGCUGAUCCGCGGUCUGAUAGGAUCUUGGAGAGUGUGGAGAUGAGCGAGAUGGCAUCACAAAAGCAGCAGGAGCUGGAGGCAACAGCCUGGGCCAGGGCCAACGCCGUCCAUCCAACAGAGGAACGAGGUGUCUCUGGUGACACAGAGAUGUCUUCCAUAACGCCGACGGACGAGCGCGAAAGUGUUUCCGAACUGCUCCAAGGAGCCUUUUCCGAGUAUUUGCCUUCUCGGGUCGUGGGCAAUACGAGAGAGGCACUCGCCAUCCGGCAUCGGUUGAGGGUGCGCCUGGGAGCCAUCUCCCCGAGGACUUUGGUGACCGGGAAGUCCUUGUUCGAAGCCGUUUCCUCUUUGGGACUGACCACCUACACCGAGGAGGACAUGAAUGCCAUGCUGAAUCUGCUCGGUGACUUCAUCAACCUGACAUUCGAGGAUGGGGGGGUGGAGGACUCGGAGACGCAUAGCCAUGGCCCUGACUUGGACCGCUUUCUCUUCAAGCAAAAGGCCCGAAUUCAUGGCAAAGCCGUGUGGGAGUGGCCUUCGAGGGAGGGUGGAAGUCCACACAGGCCUGCAGCCACGCAGGAUCUACUGCCCAGGUGUUGUUUCAAUGCCGUUCCGGCCCAGGCCCUGAUGGAGAUCUUCCUUUCACAGGAGUCUGACGUUCACAGGCAGAUCUUCGGGGCCCGAGGCCUGAAUCAGUUCAGAGCCAUGCGGGAGAUCCUCUUGGCGUCCGAUACCAACCGGCUCGUCGCGGAGCUCACCUUCGUGAGGAUCAAUGACCUUGCGGCCCCGCCGGAGCCAGUGGAUCCGCUCUUUUACAUCGAGCCGGUGGUGGCCAUCUUGAUUGUGGGCAAUGGCAUCAUGGUUGGCUUCCAGACAGAUCCGCAGUUUCAGGAUUAUGAGGGCUGGACAAUCCUGGAGCUGGCGUUUUCCGUGUGCCUGAUGUUGGAAAUUUUCUUGCGGAUGUAUCUGCAGGGCUCCUACGAGUACUGGUGUGGAUCAGAUCGGUGGUGGAAUUUGUUCGACUUACUGUUGGCGGGAACAGGAGUCAUCGACCUGAUCAUGCAAGCUGUCCGGCAAGAGAAGUCGGAUGUUGCGGGUGCGUCUCUCCUCCGAUUCUGCAGGCUGAUUCGGCUCGUUCGGAUUGUGAAAGUCUUUCGCAUCAAGUUCAUGAAGGACCUGCGCCUGAUGGUCAAAGGCCUCAUCGCUGGAGUGCGGACCCUUACCUUGGCAUUCUUCCUGCUCAUCUCGGUCCUGUACGUCAUCGCUGGCUUCGCCACCAUAACGAUUGGCCAGGACUCCCGCACUUAUGAUCUCGAACUCGAGCGCUACUUCCGCAAUAUCCCCGCCUCUAUGUUCACAGCUUUCCGCUGCUUCAACGGAGAGUGUGUCAAUGAGAGAGGCCUGCCAAUCAAUGACUUGCUUGCUGAUGCACUCGGCUUGCCCUUCAUUGCGGGUUACGUGGCCUGCUACAUGCUUGUGGCCAUGGGGAUUUUCAACGUAAUCCUUGCUGUUUACGUCGACAUUACGAUGAAGGCCGCCAAAGAGAACGAUGCCGUCACUGCAGAGCAGCACGCAAGAGAAUCCAUCCGUGUGGCCAAAACCACCCGGGAGUUGCUUAAGAAGUUUGCAGGGGCUUAUCAUGUCUUUGCUGACCAGGGGGAAUCCGACCGGAAGAAUCUCGAUAAGCUGCCUUCUGAAAUCCUGCUCACAGAGGAUGGGCUGCAUGACAAGAUUGCGAUUACGAAGGAGCUCUUUCUGCUUAUCAUCCAGGAUCCCAAGGUUCAGCGCUUGAUGGACGAGCUUGAGCUUCCGCCGGAUCGCGCCAACCUCUUCGAGAUCAUCGACGCCGACGGCAGCGGAACGCUACACGUGACCGAGUUGCUGCACGGCCUCCUGAAGAUCCGCGGGGAGCUCAACAAGAGCGACGUCGUGGCCUCCCUCUUGGCCACCAAGGCUGUGCAGGACAUGGUCAACGAGUUCAAGACGCAGUGCGUGGAGCAGCUCACAGUCCUACGUCAGGAGCUGGCGCAGCAAAUCGCGGAGGUCAACCAGCACGUCGGCAAGAUCAGGCUCAAAGUCCACAGAGUCAGAUCCAAGCACCACGUGAAAGACCUCAACAGCCUGAAGUCGCCAAGUCGGCCGACAGAUGUGUCUCCGGACGAUGCGGAGCCGCCCAGUUCUUAG